GAUCCAAGUUUAUCGUCAAAGCAACCAAACACAUAAAGAGAGAUUUAAUACAAAAGAAAGAGAUUUUUUUUUUAAAGAUAUGGCAGGACUCAUCAACAAGAUCGGAGAUGCACUCCACAUUGGAGGAGGCAACAAGGAAGGUGAGCACAAGAAGCACGAAGAGGAACACAAGAAACACGUCGACGAGCACAAGAGUGGCGAGCACAAAGAAGGUAUCGUUGACAAGAUCAAAGACAAGAUCCACGGUGGAGAAGGCAAAAGCCACGACGGAGAAGGCAAAAGCCACGACAAAGAAGGCAAAAGCCAUGACGGUGAAAAGAAAAAGAAGAAGGAGAAGAAGGAGAAGAAACACCAUGGCGAUGGUCACCACAGCAGCAGCAGUGACAGCGACAGCGAUUAAGGUGAGAAAGUGAGGAGGAUCGCUUAAAUAAAACAGAUCUGCUUCUGAGUAUUAUUGAUUAAGUCUGUUCCUAUCCUCUUAGAGACAGGCUUAAAGAAAGGAGAACCGUGCAUCUGUCUUCGUUUGUUGUGUUUUUGCUUUCUUGUCAUGAAAAUAAUGCUCAUGUGUCUUAUCUAAGUCUAAAUUAAUAAAUCCAUGUAUCCUAACCUGUUGAGAAAUUUUAUUUUAAGAAGAUCUAAA